AUGGGAGAAAAGGUGGAGGUGCAGCCUGAAUCAUUACUGAACCUUGAUGAUUUAUUGCAAUGUCCAGUAUGUUAUGAAAUACCAACAGGACAGAUUUUUCAAUGUAAUGAAGGACACCAUGUGUGUGGAAGAUGCAAAGUUCGUCUUGAUGUUUGCCCAGUAUGUCGUGCCCUGUUUUUCGGCACCCGCAAUUAUGCCAUGGAGGAACUCAUUGCCAAUUUUCGAAAAUUACGAGCAUUUAAAUUUGGUGGUAAAUUAAACACAGGAUCAGGCUCUUCAGAGAGCAGUACACCAGCUCGCGAUGCUGGCUCAGGAGAUGCUGAAAAUGAAACUGGAGAAGAUGAGGAAAAUAAUUUUAAUGUCCCAAACCAAAUCACACUGAGAGCACCGCAAGCAUGUAAGGGGCUCUUUCGCUGUCUGUGUUGUAAAAAUGGUAAUGCUGAACGACUACCAUCUGCCCGCUUACUGAACCACCUCCGUUACUAUCAUUCGCACGAUCUUAUUGAGGGUCAGUCCGAAAAUGGAGAGUAUUUGCAAGCUUGGCAGCUUUCUACUGUACCUGGCAGAAUUGUAACUGCUGUUCGUGUAUCUGACAUGGGCAUCUUCUUUCUAGUUAUUGAAAUAGGUUAUGAUUGUAUAUGUGCUUGGUUGACCAUGGCUGCUUCACCAUGGGUGGCUAAUGAAUUUUGUUAUACAGUCACACUUUCUGGUAAUGAUCGUGAAGCUAUAUUCUCAGACUGUGUAUGGUCUGUAAGGUCCUGUGAAGGUUCUCUCAAAAAAAGAGGUCAUUGCUUAAUUGUUCAAGGAGCGGAUUCUAGAGGUUUUACUACACCUGUUUCGAUUAGUGGAAAAUUAUCCUUACGUCGUACGCCCGUGGAUCAAUUGACACUACAGACCCAACCCCGUGCUGUAAUGAGAGUCGCCAACCGCGGAACAACUCGAGAAAAUGUACUGCAAGACUUGCAGUAUAAUGUAGAAAGACUUUCACGUGCUUUUGCUACUCUAGAAGCAAACGCAUUGCAUUCUGAAGAUGAAAUUCGUGCUCGAAUGGAAAAUACUCCUGAUAUCAACCACACAUCGUCCAAUGAUCAAAGUGAAAUUACUGCUAACGCAGGCGAAUCUCAAGCGCAAUCUCUGAAUAAUUCAACCACCAAUGAGAGUCAACCACUAUCUCGCAACGCACGUAGACGUAUGCGUCAAAGGCUCAGGGCAGCCUUAAACGCGACGCAGCCGCCCGAGGCAAGCGUCCCAGCACCUUCUUCGCAAACGAAUGGCCUAUCACAGAGCCAAAAUAGUAACACUCAAACAAAUUCGAUUCACCUACAGCUAACCCCGAAUCCUCCACCAGUUACUGUACCCCAAUCAGCAAGUGAACCAUCCACAUCGACUGGGCAUUCUCAAAAUGGCACUCAAGCCCGCACCAACAAGAAAAAGCGCCGCCAUCGUAGAUAA